AUGUCGGCCCGCUAUGUGGGGAAGGAGAAGAUCCCCCUGCGGGCCGGCGGUUGCACGCUGCAGCUUCGCCAGCAACGGUCCGGACUGUACAUUUGGACCACGAUGCCAUCGUCAAACCGGGGGUGGCAGAGCACGUGGUUCUACCUCCGGAAUGACGGUGGUCUUCUGCCGAAGUACUCUGGAAAGAUGGUGACAGAGGCCCCCCAGAAGUGGGCGUGGGGCGCUCCGGCCAAGGAGCAGAAAAGGCUCGCCCCGCUUCUUGCGGGGCUUCAGAAGCUGCGAGAGGCCCGAGUUACUGCGGCCACGGUGGCAACGGCGUUCCACAAGAGGAGCCUGCUUCCGCUAGCGCAGCGCCGGGUGCCAAUGUUCGAAAUGACAUGGGACGUCCCUUGGGCAGGGACGAGGAUGUUAGCCGAGCCGAUAUCGGCUUCGGACAUCGCCGCCCGGGUCAAGAAGACCACACACCCGGAGAUGAAGAACUCCCGGGUGGUGCCGAUGCGCCCUGAAAAGGGCUACAUUUCCUUGCAAAAGAAGAUCAAGGAAGGGAAGAAGGCUAAGGCGGCGCGAAGGGCGGAGAGACGGGAGGUCGCCUCCAAGAACCGCCAUGAAGCCGAGAAGGCAGGGGUCGCCCCGCCUCCGUCUCCUGAGACUUCAGUCUCGGAGAUCGAGGGCGGGGGCGGCGACGUCGACUGGCUCGACGAGCUGAUGGAGGAGGACGACACAGUCCCUCCUACCGGAGGGAUCGAGACCCCGGAGGGGUCCAAGGCCCGAGGUGGGUCGGGGACCCCCGAGGGGACCCAGACACCGGGGGGCGGGCAGCCCGUCCCCCACAUCGUUGUGGACGACGAGGACGGCGCCCCUCGUGAAGAUUCGGCCCCCGUGGGCCUCCAAGAGGGGGAGAAGGCGUCGGAGGCCGAGCCCGAGGAGACCCCUCAGUUGGUAGCGCCGGAGGGUCCGACCGAGCCCAUCCCAAUGUCUAGGACGGGAGCUGGAGCCUCCGUGGAGGUGUUGCAGGCUGAGGCCCUCAUGGCGCCCCCUGCGCCGUCGGCGAGCGAGGCAGGGGUCCGGCCAUCGGCCUCAGGCGCCGCGGGAGACCCCCAAGGAGCCCAGGGCUCGUAUAAGAAAUCUGCUCCCCGGGCGAGCCGUAAGCAGAAGGCGCCCUCAGUGGCGCUGGCCCCCCUGAAGGCCGUAAAGAGGGGGGCUCAGUCGACUCCCGGGUCAGCUAGGCCCGUGUCUCCGCCGCCUCCAGGCUACGAGGAGGGUCUGGACGCGUGUGGGCGUGCCGGUGUCGAGGCCCUCAACCGAGCUACCCAGCUCGUGGGUCGUGACAUGUUUAAUUUGGCUCAGGCGCUCAAGGCCACCUCCCAGGAGAAAUCGGUGUUUCUCCGUCGGGAGAAGGAUGCUUGGGUGUCCUUUGAGAAGGAGAGGGCUGCCAGGGAGGCGGCCGAGGGGGAGCUCGCGAAGGAGUGCGAGAUUUCCGCCGAUCUUCGGCAGAAGUGCUCAGCACUGGCUACUGAGGCUCGGGAGGCCCGAGACAGGGUCGCCCCCCUGGAGGAGAGGGUCGGGGCCCUCACGCAAGAGUCCGGGGCGCAGAAGGCGGCGGCUGAGGGAAUUGGAGGUGAAGGUGGUCGAGGCGACCUCUACUGCCGAGGCCCUGAAAAAGUCCCUCGACGCUGA